GAGUUUUGACAGUUGACCACUGCAGCGAGAGGAACGAACCCCAGGCUGGUGAGGGCGGGGUUAAAGAAAUAACAAGGAAUUUCCUGGUGAGCUACGACAACACAGGAAGGAUGAAUGUUGGUGUAGCUCACAGCGAAGUGAACCCCAACACGCGGGUGAUGAACAGCAGGGGGAUAUGGCUCACCUAUCUGCUCCUCACUGUGGUGCUGCACAUCAUCCUGCUCAGCAUUCCUUUCUUCACCGUGCCGCUCGUCUGGACCCUCACCAACGUCAUUCACAACCUGGCCAUGUACUUGUUUCUACACACAGUGAAGGGCACUCCUUUCGAAACGCCAGACCAAGGCAAAGCCCGUCUGCUCACGCACUGGGAACAGAUGGACUACGGCGUCCAGUUCACGUCUUCACGCAAAUUCCUUACCAUCUCACCUAUUGUUCUGUACAUUCUCGCCAGUUUCUACACAAAAUACGAUCCAACGCAUUUUUUCGUCAACACCUGCUCCCUGCUUAGCGUCCUCCUCCCAAAGCUUCCUCAGUUUCACGGAGUACGAAUAUUUGGGAUCAACAAGUACUGACAGAGCAAGGAACUGGAUUUUAAACACACUGGACUUUUACUUUUCUGUGCAUGUUGUUUUUUUUUUGGGAGUGAUUUUGUGUACAAUGUGAAGUAUUCUGAAGUUACUGCACUCUUGUUAUUUCAUCAGUGGAAUUUGUUCUGGACUGACAUUCCUAAUAUUAAAUCAAGAGCAAAGGUUGAAACGUGCUGCUUUUAAAAUGUGAGGGUCUGCGCACAUUUUUUUUCUUUUUUUCUCCAAUUUUCUUCUAAUACAAUUCCAAGUUUGUUUCAUCUCAUUACCUGAAUGUUUUUCACUCUAUUAUCGUCGUUCCGUUUUCUGUCUCCGGCAGCUUGACCACCAUUGUCGCUUUGGCUGGACGCAUCGAAUGACGCAGACUGAUGUAACAGCUGGCCCUGCACACCUGGCCAGCAUUGUCCACGUCCCCACUGUUCAGCAGAGAGGGUUUCAAUUGUUUAGUUUGGAGGAAUAUCAUUCUCUCCAUCACAAAGGCAGGUUUACAAGUCCCGGGGAAGUCCAGACACUUUACAUGAACCCACCGUGAGGGGGCCGUCACACUGUUGGCUAUAUGCUCGUCCAUGCAAGGGUUUCCCCCACUUUACUGCAGGCGAUGCAUUUGUGUUUGCAUUGGAGCGAGGUUUCCCUGUAUGUUAUGUUGUUUUGGGGAAGUAGUUCAAAGGAAACGCAGUAUCAUGAGAAUACAAUUGUGCUCUUCACUAUGCAGAGCCUGGGAAACACAUGCAAAUGAGGUGUGACGCCUCAGCUGUUGUAAUUGUAAGCGUUUGCCGCGGCGUUCAUUUGCCUAUUCCGUGGCACCGAAUGACUCUGGGAUAUACACACGGGCGCGGGGGGGAAGCCUUUUUGGCAGAAUCCACAUGGAAGCCGGGUGUAAAUGUCACCAUCCCCACAAGAUAUCAGAUAUGGCCCACAGAAACUCGAGUGGGAGAGAAUGGACAACAGAAGGCCUCCUUUAUGAAAUACACAAUGUAAGCCGUCUCUUUUGCUUACACUUUCACUUUAAAAUACAGUUUGAUGAUGAACAUUAAGUGUAUGCAGCUAGCAAAGAAAAAAGAAAGAAAAAAAGGCAGAGCUUUUAAGUGCAAACAGGCUCAGUAUGGCAGCACUGGGCAAUGUGAGAUAUCACUUCAACUAAUGAUAUUUAGAUUUAUGAGGAGAGACUUGAUAAGCUACCAAAAAUGCCUUUGAAGAUAAGGCCACACUUGAACGGUGUGGUGCGAUCACAGGAAAAACAAGAAAAUGUCCUGAAGAACUCAGGGUUUUCGUUCAACCUGGAAUUCUAGAGAACUAGCACAAAGACAAAAGGUAUCAUUAAUAAAGCUGCAAAGAUGACGGUGGGGGUUGUGAUCAAACACGGGCUGUGCCAGUGCCGUAGAAAUCAGUACACAUUUGUGAAGAGGAAACUCCGCAGGUCAGCGUCCGUGUUCCCCCCACUUAGUAGUGACCCGUCCUACCAACGAUGGUGCCCAGCUAACCCAUUGCACUCCAUUUACCUCAUUUGUACUGCUGUUGAAAUUUUCAUUAUAUCUUUGGCUUUAUCUGAGCUUCAUAUUUUGCUCAGUUUUAUUCCAUUUAAAAUGCACAGGCUUCACCAGGUGAUAUCCCUUUUAAGUGUACACGUGUUUGGCAAUAAACACCAAUUCUGAUGACUCAGGAAUAAAAACUUUGAAAAUAAAUAGUUAAGUCAUGAAUGUUAAAUGUUAGCAAAAUGUUCCCUUUCCUCCCAAAUGCAAGUAUUUAAACAACGAAGAUUGUACGAAAAUUGUACGAAAGCGUCACCAAAGCUGUGAUGCUCUGCAAAAAGAAACUUGUGGAAUGAUGCAAAAACACAGGUUAAAGCAAAAUAAAGACUGU